AUGAGCUUCUUUCGAUCUUCGGGAAGUAACAAUACCCCGCCACCUCCCUCCAAUCCGUAUUCGCGUAUUCCUCCCAGCGCUGGUGAUGGAGGUGACUACGGCGCAUCGAGAUCAGUGAGGAAACCGCCAGCCCAAUCGGCGCAGUACCACCUACCUUCACAUGGCUACAACGAUCCAAGCAACGGUCUCUUCGAAAAACCAUCUUAUUCAAGGAAGCCACCUCCACCUCGCUCAGGAGGAAGUUACGCUGUCGCCGGCUGUCCUUCAGAUGCGUUGGCCUUGACGAACUGCCUCAUCGUCCACCCUUCCGACUUUCCUCAAGGACAACACGUGCUCGUUAACGGUACAUUCCCUCUAACGGUCCGCCACGACAAUGUAGGCAAGUUGCAACCUGGAACAAUUGGCGCAUCACAGCCACAAAGGCAGUGGAUCGGGCUCUCACUGACUGGCGAUCAGGCGACGGUCGAACCUCUGCCAAUGCCCCCUAGUCCAGGGUGUCCUUCUUUCCUGCAAGGUAUCGACUUAGAAGUCGGUUUCCUUCGCCGUGGCGCAGAGUUGGCGGAAGUCUAUUCUGCAGACGACAUGGCCAAGAAUUUUCUCAAGGCAUUCGACGGGAUUUUGAUGUCCACCAAUGAAAUCAUUGUCUUCGAAUAUCACGGUCAGAACUUGAAGGCAACAGUGAAGGGCGUCUCGAUCUUGGAAGUUCCUGGACAGCCGCCUUCUGUUUUCAAAGACGCAGGCAUACUGUACUCAACAAAGACGGAUGUGACCUUUAUGAAGGCCCCUGAUAGUCUCAUCAAGCUUAAGUCGAGUGCGAAGAAAGCGCCAGCGAACGCUAUCCUUGCGCCCAAUUUCAAAUUCGAAGACAUGGGAAUUGGUGGUCUUGAUACAGAAUUCAGCGACAUCUUCCGACGUGCCUUUGCAUCUCGCGUAUUCCCCCCUGGACUUGUGGACAAGCUUGGUAUUCAACACGUUAAGGGUCUCAUUCUCCAUGGACCUCCUGGAACUGGCAAAACACUCAUUGCUAGGCAAAUCGGGAAAAUGCUGAAUGCUCGUGAACCCAAGAUCGUCAACGGCCCAGAAGUGCUGAGCAAAUAUGUCGGUGCUUCUGAAGAGAACAUUCGUAAACUCUUCGCAGAUGCAGAGAAGGAGUACAAGGAGAAGGGUGAUGAGAGUGGUCUCCAUAUCAUCAUUUUCGACGAGUUGGACGCUAUCUUCAAGCAACGCGGUUCCACAAAUAACGGGACGGGUGUUGGCGAUACUGUAGUUAACCAGCUUCUCUCAAAAAUGGACGGUGUUGAUCAGUUGAACAACAUCCUCGUUAUUGGUAUGACCAAUCGUAUCGACAUGAUCGACGAAGCCCUCCUCCGUCCUGGUCGUCUGGAGGUGCACAUGGAGAUUUCACUGCCCGACGAGAAGGGUCGUCACCAGAUCCUCAGCAUCCACACCUCGAAGAUGCGAACGAAUGGCGUUAUGCACCCCGAUGUCGACCUGCUAGAGUUGGCCUCCCUCACGAAGAACUUUUCCGGAGCUGAGAUUGGCGGCUUGAUCAAGAGUGCCACAAGUUUUGCCUUCAAUCGACACGUCAAAGUUGGCACCAUGGCGGGCAUUUCUGACGAUGUGGAAAACCUCCAGGUCAACCGAGCAGACUUUCUGAGAGCUCUAGACGAAGUACAUCCGGCAUUCGGUGUCUCGGAGGAGGAACUACAGCAAGUGAUACAAAAUGGUAUCAUUCAUUAUGACCCAGUUGUUGAUGAACUCCUCAAAACUGGGAUACUGUUCGUAGACCAAGUGCGGACGUCAACUAGGACGCCCCUCGUUAGCAUUCUUCUCCAUGGCCCUCCAGGAUCAGGGAAGACAGCCCUUGGUGCAUCGAUCGCCCAAGCGUCGGAAUACCCGUUCAUCAAGCUGAUCUCGCCAGACAACAUGGUCGGCUUCUCUGAAUCUCAGAAGGUCACAGCUAUCACCAAGGUUUUCACCGAUAGUUAUAAGAGUCCGCUGAGCGUGGUCGUGGUCGACAACAUUGAACGGUUGAUCGAUUGGACGCCUAUGGGUGCUAGGUUCUCCAAUGCUGUCCUUCAAACUUUGCUUGUGCUAUUCAACCGUCGGCCACCUAAGGGCCGCCGCCUUCUGAUUAUCGCAACCUCAUCCUUACGACCCAUCCUUACUGACCUCGGGCUCUCAGAAACCUUCGACUCGGAACUACGCGUACCUCCCAUAUCCUCACUUCGCGCUUUGGAGUACGUCGUGCAAGAAGUGGAGCUCUUCCCGUCAGAGCAGCAACGCAGGCGGGCUGUCAGGAUGCUCGAGGAUGCUGGCUUUGGAGGGAGGGACGAUCUGACACCCAAACUGCAAAUCGGAAUCAAGAAAUUGCUGGGCAUCGUUGAGAUGGCCAGGCAGGAGCCAGAAGCGGUCGCUGAACGAUUGACUAGCUCCUUGAUGGAUCUGCGGUAG